AUGUCCAAGGACGACGCUUGUAAAGUGACGUCCAUCAGCAAACACAAGGAACGCAAGCCUAAGAAGCCUCACUACAUUCCCCGGCCAUGGGGCAAACCAUACAACUACAAAUGCUUCCAGUGCCCGUUCACCUGCAUGGAGAAGUCCCACCUGUACAACCACAUGAAGUACAGCCUGUGCAAGAACUCUCUGUCCCUGCUCAUAGAGUCCGACUGGCCCUAUAAAAAGGGCAACAUCCUGCACCCAGAACAGCUACGACCCCUUCAGCAGGCACAUGGGAAAAAUGGCAUAGAAAUGACACGGACUGAGGAACGAAAGUCCUUGGAGGAGGAAGGUGAGGACAGGGAAAGCCAGGGAGCAGAAGAUGAGGAAGAAGGAGGACGAGGAGAGCGAUUAGAGGUCACUGGGUUGAGGAAAGAGAGAGGAGACGCUGCAGAGUGCACCACCAAGAAAAUCAAACAGCCAGAGUCUGAGUUUCUGAUGGCCGACAUGCUCUCCCUGGAAGAUCAGCUUUUAAGAGCGCGCGCAGUAGAAGUAGAAGCCCAGCUGAAACACUACAAGCUAUCCAAGGCAUAUCUGACUGCUCCCAGUCUGCUGUCGGAGCAGUGGCGGUUGUUGGCGUCCAGCCACACGAAGGCCAAAGCUGAAGGUGCCCAGCCCCGAGUGGGUAGUUCCAUCCCCUGUUACCCUCCUCCGCCAAACCUGAUGGAUUACCAGGAUCCCACUGGACUCAACCUGUCAUUGCUCGGGAUGGGUUACCCGAUCACCCCCAGCCUCUUCUCCUACAUGAACUCAGCUAUUCCCGCUGCCGCCACCGCCGCCCAGACCCACGCUCAGCUCGCCCAGCUUCCCUUCCUGGCGUCGGCCGCUCAGCUGAUGCACCCGGCCUCGAGCACCCACACAGACAGAGCUCUUAUCCCCCCUCGCCUCUACUACCCCUUCCUGUGCGAGCACGCGUUCGGACCGGCCUCGGGUCAAAGCGACGCCAGCAAAGCGCUCAAGACGUCCACAAACAGUCUAGAAGCGAGUCCCUCGUCUGGUUUUCAGCCUAAAGUAAAUCUGUGGAAAGUGCCUGCUUUGCGGCCAGGGGCAGCCGCUGUCUCCCCUGCUGGCUGGGUGUCGCCUCAGAGGGACUCCCCCGAACACGGGUACAGGUUGGCCGAUAAACUGCAGGCUACAGUCAAGGAGGGCAAAGCAAAUUGGUGCCUCAAAAGGACAGGGGCCCCAAUUGGGAACCAUGAGGCACCUUUGGAGAAGAAGCCGAACAUGGGUGGUUUUGCUUUGGACCUUCUGAAGAAUAUUCAGACUGCAUCAAAUCUGAACAUGACGGCAGACAAACUUCUCUUCCAUGGAAGUUUUCAGGAUGCUCAGCUGCCGAUACGGCAUACUGAUCUGUGGUACAGCGAACAUCUCACCAGUCCCAGCAGUGAAACAACCUCUCAGUCUACCUGUGGGGGUCCCAAUAGACAGGACCCGAAUGCUGCCAGAACAAUAGGGGAGGGGGCUUCAGAGUCCGUGGCUGCGCUCCUCAGUGACCUCUCCAAGGCCUUGCAGGAGUACCAGGAAGCUGAGCGCAAGAUCUCCCACCUGGAGAAAGAGGACCUUCCCGCGCAGCGUCACCUCUGGGAACACUUGGGAAAAAUACGCAGCGAGCUUUCCCACAUCCACACGGCUCUGGAGAGGUCUUCUCGCCAGAGCGACGGACCCCUCGACCUGUCGGUGAAGAGGGACCAGACGGAUGUGGAGGAAGAAGAGAAUGAGAGGAAGGCGAUGAAGGCGUCGCUGGAGAGUCGUAAGCAGUCGUUGGACAUGCUGAUCAAGAUGAGUCAGGCGUCAGCGGUGAACACAGAGGUUCUCUCUCCUGGUGGUCUCGGCAUGAGGCCCAGUUCUGCUGAGGCUUUGUGGCCGAGCAGAACCACCAAGUGUGAGGCGGACUCCAGCGUAUUGCUUUGCCCCGACGGACGAUCAGUGGUGUUCACCGAUAUCCCUUCCUCCGGCAAAACCCAAAAGAGGCCCCUGUCUAUACAGCGACUAGAAGCCCAUCCUCCGAGCCCUUUGACGGCUACUGACAAUUGA